CUUCUUCCUAUUAUUAAAAUCAAGAUGCAUCAUGGUUUAUGCAGUUAUUCAUUCAUUGGUUCAUUCUGAAGACAAAAAAGAUCUGAUCUUACUUGAAUUUCAAGGAAGUUUCCAAAGUGCCACUGAAUCAGUGAAAAAUGUCAAGAUUGGCGAUAUUGAAAUUGAAGGGGAUUUAGCACAUGUUCUUAUAGGACAUCAUCGUAUAGAAGGCAGUCGGAAGAAACUACAUAAACCACUGGCUGUGAUUCACAAAGUAGACAAGGAAAUCAUGGAUAUUGAUCAAGGGAAUAACAAUGAUAUAGGUCCAGCAGUCGAAUAUAGUGUCACAUCAAUUAUCAGGGAAAAAUUUGUAUUUAUCAACCGUCCUCGAUUAAUUGUCAAAGAAAGUUUACGCGGUUUAACUAAAAUUGGUGGUGGUAGUAGAUAGCUUCAGUGUCUUUUUUUUUUUUUUUUAGUUUUGGUUCUAUUAUUUCUCUUAUACCCCUUAUGUUCUACAUCGUCCCUUUAUCGAUAUAGUGAUCACAUUUCUUCCUCUCUACUUCUUUUUUUUUUCUUAAUAAACAUUUGAUUAUCAUCCAAAUGGGAAUACAAUUUGAC